AGUGCUGCUGCGGAACGACCUCUGGGUGAAAGUUUCUGCAACUCUCUAGUCCUCCGCGCUCAAUGGAGAGCGCAUGCGCGACGUGACCCGGCCCCCAAAGUUGGGGACUGGUGUGCAGUCGGGCUGGUUUCGGGUUGCACCGCUUGCUGGCGGCUUCUCUGACGACGUUGUCCCGGCGGCUUGGGCCGACCGGCUGCAGCUCCCACAUCAGGUGGUACUCGCACCCCAUCGCCGGCCAUCAGUUCGACGGCAGGCUUCAUGUCUCGGCGCCUCUCGCAGCAUCCGGCCUGGGCCGCUCCGUUUCCAUAACAACCGGCCUCCCGCCACAAGGGCGGAGAGGACACAGCGGGUUCACUCGACCUUCAAAGGCAGCGGGUGCUGCUGCCCCAGUCUGACAGGGCCGGGCUGCUUGAGUUGCAGUUGGAACCGGUGCGGACGGAGGAGGGAGGCAAUGUGGCUGUUGUGCAGUGAUCUUACACAAAGUGAAGCAUUUGUGAAAUCAUAACAUGGUUAUCAAGGUGUUUUUUCCAAGUUGCUGUCCAGAAGCAGAAAGUGGCCUGCUGCUAGGUCGUUGGAUUCCAGAGCAGAAUGCUGCAGUUGUCCUUGCAAUUAUUCACUACCCUUUCAUCCCAGGCCAAGUAAAGCAAUAUCUUGAGCAAAUUAAGAAUGUGACUACAGUAAACGUCUCGGUGCUUGGAUCCUGGAGCAGUCAUAGUUCUCGGGCAAAAGAAAACCUUGAUCAAUUUCUGCAAGAUCUGAGCUCCAUCUUUCCACAUGAUCUCUGGUUCCAGUUAACGCAGGAGAAAGAAAGCAAAUCAGUAUUUGACUGUCAUGUAGUUCAAAAAUGUAGUAAGAACAACAAGGAAAGUGUCAUCUUAAUCCACUAUGAUCAACGCAAGGUUAUGCUGUCAAAGUUGCAUGAUCUGGAUACUAAAAUCCUUCAGGACAACCACAACACUGGAGUGGAGUCAGAAGUUAUUACCUCAGAUUUUGCUGCAAUUUUUGAUACUGUCGCAAAAUGCGAACUUUUGUUUAUGAUUGAUAAAUAUGAUGAAACUCCAAUCAAAUUUACUCACUGGCAGUCUGAAGGACGAGAGACUAGUAUUGUUGUGGAACUUGCAAAACAAGCAUCAGUACCUGUGUGUAUGGUUCUUUUAUUCCUGGUGACUUUUAUAUUGAAUAUCUGCAAAAGCAGAGUAUUAAACGUAUGGCCUCUACAUAUUUUAUGGAGUAGGCUUUCAACAUGUGUGCAGCUUGCACAUCGUUUGGAUCACUUGCAGACGAUUGCAAGUACUUCAAAAGCACAGAAUCACGCAGAGUUUAUGAGAAAAGCCAACCUCUUUGUUUCAUUCCUAAUUGAUGUGGCCCUUGGAAUGUUGCUGAUCUCAUGGCUUUAUCAGCAGAAUCGUAUUGGUCGGAUAGCAGAAGCUCUCAUUCCAGCUGCUGAUCAUAUUGCCAAAGAGUUAGAGAAAUUGAUGGAGUGGCUGAUGGGAGCUCCUGCUGGUUUGAAGAUGAACAAAGCACUAGACGAAGUACUGGGACACUUCUUUCUUUAUCAUAUUCAUCUUUGGAUAAGUUAUAUCCAUCUGAUGUCUCCAUUUAUUGAGAUGAUCCUGUGGUAUGUUGGACUGUCAGCAUGUCUAGGCUUGACUGUGGCCUUAUCCAUUGUUUCUGACAUUUUUGCUCUCCUGACAUUUCAUAUCUACUGUUUUUAUGUAUACGGGGCCAGAAUCUACUGUUUGAAGAUCUACGGCUUGUCAUCUCUCUGGCGAUUGUUCAGAGGAAAGAAGUGGAAUGUUCUGAGGCAGCGUGUGGACUCUUGCAGUUAUGACUUGGAUCAGCUGUUUAUUGGAACAUUGCUGUUCACCGUUCUCCUCUUCCUCUUGCCAACUACAGCACUGUAUUACCUCGUCUUUACACUGUUACGAUUGGUGGUGGUUGUUAUUCAGGGUCUCAUUCACUUGUUCGUGGACUUCAUUAACUCUCUCCCAUUAUAUGCAUUAGGACUCAGGCUGUGUCGACCUUAUGUCCUUGCAGCUGGUGUUAAGUUUCAUGUUUUCCAGAAGGUUGCUGGUAAACCUCUUCACUUGUUGAUGCAGAUUAAUCCGUUGACCUAUGGGAUGAUAAUCAAGCGCUACAGACUUCCAACCUACAGCUGUUAUCCAAAGGACUCAUGGGCAGCGCUUUGUAAGAAGUUGUUCGUUGGGAAACUGAUUUAUCCAUGGAAACGCAAAACUGGGAAACAAGACUAAGAAAAUGCAGUCUGAGAAGGAGCAGUCUUAAUGUUGAUGUCCAAUUUCCUGCAUUACCUCUGGAUUGCUAUUUGUUUUAAAAAUGAUAAGUUUUUGUUUUAAAUAAGGUUGAAUUGCCAUAUUUGUUUAAGAAAGAUCUUUAAAAUCAAAUUUUUUUUUACUAUUACCAAAAUUAUGGUGCCAAAUUUCCAGUAGAUUAACAUAAUACUGCAGUUUUUUAAAAACAAUAAAGUUAAGAGAUAUUAAAAUACUGAAGUAUCUAUGUCUCAGAGUACAGUUUCACACUUUACCUCUUGCAUUAGAGUAAGUAUGCUUUUCCAUUUAUUGGUUAGGUACAAAUUUUGAAAUUUAUAAGAAUGUACUUCAGUUUGCUGUACAAAUGCAACAUUAUUGCACUGUUUUUAGAUAAAAUCAUGUUUCAUUCAUUAAGGGCAUAUGUUUCCUUUUUAUAUUUAGUGACAUCUGUCAUGUAUGUUAGUACUUUAAAUGCCCAAUAGAAUGCUCAUUUUACCAAUUAUUCUGAACUAUUGUUUAAGAUCUCAUCAAAUUGAUGCAAUCAUCUCUAAGUUGAAGAAAUUGUAUAUUUGCAUUGAUUUUGGAAAAAUUUAAAAGGGAAACUCCGCCUUUUUAAAGGAAAACUAAUUUCUGCCAAUUUGAUGUAAUAACCAUGUGUUGCCCUGUAAUGGAACAAUCUAACCACUUUGCAUUUUCCUCACCUCCUUGACUACAAUGUGGUUUUCCAGAUGUACCGAGAAGGACGACCUCAAUAUUAUGUAUUCUAUACCCAUUACAAUGCCUAAACAAUAUUUCAGCCUUUGUCCAGAAAAACACAAUAUUUUAAUAAUGCAUUUUGUAGCACAAGCCUGUUGCCAUAUUACUAUUUGAAAGUGCAUUGUUCCUACUCUGUACAAUGUGGCAUGUAUAGUUCUUGGCACUUGCCUGAAAUCUAUAUUCCUGGGCAAGUCAUUAAGUUUUGUAGAUGGGGUUAUAUUGUCUUUUGAUCUUGUAAUGUAUCUAACAGAUUGUAAUAUGAAUAGUUACAUUGGCCUGGGCUUUCCUGAAAACUUAGACUGAAACAAUGACAUCAGCAAUGUUGUUUUAUAAUGUUAGAAAUAUAUGCCUGAAUUUUCUGCAAAAGUUCUUCCAUAAUCCUCAAUCAUUUGCCAAAAUGCAGGUCAUACAAAAUUCCUGAAUUUUCAACAGUUCUUGGAAACUAUAUGAAAACCUGAAGAAUUUAAUACAACAAAGUUCUAUUUCUGGUGUUUAAUAGCUACUUACUUUUCACUGAAUCUUACGACUUUGGUUCUUUACUAAUGAAUGCAUCUUCGGUAUCAGAAUAAUUUGUAAUUCAAACUGAUCAAUUCCAACAUUUUCCUUUUCCUGUACGCUCUGGGAUAGGAAUUUGUUCUUGGUUCCUUACGCUAAAUGCACAAUAUAGCACCUCUAUGUUGUACACCCCUUCCAGAGUUUGGUUCCAUUGACUUCACUGUGACAAAACUCGAAGCAGAAUAGGCAAUCACUAUAAUAUUGUUUUUAGAACACCUGACUAAGGAUGAAUUUCUGUGCCCGAUGUGCACAAGAUGUUUCACUAACUUCAAUUUUCAUGCACAGAGAGGAACAGAGGGAGUGUGGUAUAAGUUUUGAGUUUCCAUCAGCCCAAUUAUUGAUGAUGGUUUCCCUUUAUCCGCUUUAUUACAUGCCUGUUUUUAACUUCCUGGCAGAUGGAAAUGAGAUUCUCCGGAAGUGUUAUGGUGCAAGUCUCCUAUAGGAAAAUUGGCUUAAAUUGUCUGAUUUUGUGAAACUCCAGACCAUACAUGUAAUCAAAAAAUAUUUUUUCUUCUGACAAUAUUACUUUCAGAAUUGUACUACCAGGUUUUGUAAAAGUCAAGUUGUUGCCAUAAAUGAAAAUUGAUUAGCAUAGUGAAUAAAAUCUCUCAACACUA